AACUUCAAACAAAUUUGAAUAUCUUUACAAAUAACUUGUCACAUGAUGCACUUUCUUCUUGUUGUUACUUCCUUUAUUGCUUUCUGGCCCAGCUAUUCGAUGUGAAUGAGUUGAAUUAUAAAUUAGCAUCUACCAUCAAGGAUAAAGACAGUGAUAUGAUUUAA